CCUCGCGACGCGAACCGGUCGGCGGCCGACAGCGCCGACACGCGAUUCUAUAUUUUUCACCUCGAGACACCACGCCUUGACUUGGCUACGUGCUUGCUUACCCAGACAGUCAGCGACCGCUCGAUUUGUAGCCUCCCUACAGGCUCUCGACAAGACAUCAGCUUCAGGCACGCGCAGAAACUCACUCACAUCCGAUCAUAUGGUCGCUCCCUCCCUCAGGUCGUCCCUGGCGCUGGCGCUAUUUGCGUCGACGACCGCCUACGCGCAGUCUAGGACUGACGAAGCGUCUGCAGCGCAGAGUACCGACCCUGCUGUAGAAUGCGCGGUGUACGGUGUGGCUGCAGUGUCUGCAAUGGUACCCAACUACCCCGCCAUCUGGGAAAUAGCCUCGCUUGUUGCCACCGACACGGACGCGAACAACUAUUACAACGCUCUUUCGCCCACUAUCCCCAACGAACCCGUCAAGGGAACGCCCACCGGCAACUUCAGUGACUUUACACCGACCUAUUCGGCAACUGAUCCCGACUGCUGGUGGAGCUACUCUCGAUGCUCAACACCCAAGCUAGCCGGUCUUCCUCCCGAUGUCAGCUUCUGCCCAGAGCCGAACACCUGGGGUUUCACGUUAGAUGAUGGGCCCAAUUGCUCGCAUAAUGCCUAUUACGACUACCUUCAGACCAUCCAGCAACGCGCCACACUCUUCUAUAUCGGCAGCAAUGUCAUCGACUGGCCCUAUGAGGCUCAGCGUGGCUUUGCAGAUGGUCACGAGAUCUGUGCACACACCUGGUCUCACCGCUACAUGACUGCACUCACGAACGAGCAAGCCUUUGCCGAGCUGUACUACAGCAAGAAAAUCAUUAAGGACAUCAUUGGUGUUACCGUCAAGUGCUGGCGUCCGCCUUUUGGCGAUGUCGACGAUCGCAUUCGCUAUAUCGCCAACGCACUCGGCAUGCAGACCAUCAUCUGGAACAACGAUGUCAAUGAUUUCCGCAUCCUCACGCUUGGUCAAGCCACAGUCGAUCAGAACUAUCAAAACAUCCUAAACAAUCAAAGCGCUGGCGCAUACGAUACUGCGGGCACUAUUGUCCUCUCGCACGAGCUUAACAAUUACACGAUAGCCGAAUCACAAAAGUUCCUGCCUCAGAUGCAGGAGCAUUUCACCGUCGUUCCUGUCGGCACGUGCUUGAACCAGUCGAACCCUUACGAGGAGGAGGACAUGGCGACUUAUCCCAACUUUUCGCAGUGGGUUGCCGGUACGCGCUCGAUCAGUCUGGGCACGCCGACCAUUUCGGCCGCAAGCAUUGUAGUUGCCAUCAACACGCAGUCAACUGCAUCGAUCACUUCUUCAGCAGGUUUCGCCACAGGUACUGCGGGCACAGGCACAAACACGAAUGGACAAGUUGCUCAGGGCGCGCCAGGCGCAGCUUCAAUCAUCAGCUCCAACGUUUCGCCCUAUAGCACUGGAUCCUCUUCAUCAGGCGGUAGCUCCUCCGGCAGCUCUUCGGGCAGUUCGUCGUCGUCCAGCACGGGCGGCUCAUCGUCUGUGUACAGCUUAGCAUCCGCCGUUGUGCUCACUGUGGCCGCUUUCACCGGCGCCAUCCUCGUCGCUUAGAGGAUCGCCUCAGAGCAUAACGAAGCGCGACGCGUGGACAUUCCGGCAGGCGCGCUGACACCUGUAUCUAGCCUCAUUCGCACCUUGAUCGCACGUAUUAUCUCAAAUGUAUGACUAUCGUCUGAACGAUGCGCUGUGCUAUGAGCGUGCAAUGUGAUGAUGCGUCGAAUCAACAAAUAUUGGUGACAACAGCACAAAGAUAUCAGUGUGUCGUGUGAUCGUGUGCGGCCACCUAGGCGCGUGCCCAGCUGGUCCAAAUGUUCUUAUUGGC